GUUUUUCCUUCUUUUUUUUUCUGUAGUUUUCUUUUCUCUUAGACUAUUCAACAUGGAGAUUAACGAACAAACCUAUAAUGGGUUGCAGCAAUACUUGUUACAAACCCUCAACCCUGCCACACAAAAAGAAGCUGGGUACAAUUUGUCACAAGUUGAAAUUCAACAAGGCUUUCCUUUGCUUUUAUUAAAGCUCAUUAGCGACGAUUCUGUUGAUCAAACACUCCGUAUGGCCGGUGCCAUUUACUUUAAGAACUACAUUAAACGUCAUUGGGUUCAAGAUAACGAAGACUCUGCCGACAAGAUUGCCGAACAAGAUCGUGUCGAGAUUAAGAACCAAAUUGUCCAAUUAAUGAUUACUGUUCCCGAAAUACUUCAGUUGCAAAUUAGUGAUGCUCUUACUUUGAUUGCUGCCUCCGACUUUCCUGAAAAGUGGGAGUCUUUGUUACCCGUAAGACGACCGACAACAAUGAAAAAAAAAAAAAUUAUGCAGAAAACAAAAAGUUGCUCAUGCUAGUUAUUUAGGAACUUAUCAACAAAUUGAGUGCUACCGAUUAUCAAGUCAACAAUGGUAUUCUCGGCACUGCACACUCCAUUUUUAAAAGAUGGAGAUCAGCAUUUAGAAGUGAUGAAUUAUUCAGCAACAUCAAGUACGUAUUGGAUCAUUUCUGUGGACCUUAUAUGCAACUUUUCCAAAUCACCGACAAACUGAUUGAAGAAAACCGCAAUAAUUUACCAGCACUCCAAGUUUUGGCUCGUUCUUUAACUCUCUUGAUCAAGAUCUACUACGAUCUUAAUUGUCAGGAUCUUCCUGAAUUCUGUGAGGAUAACUUACCAACAUUCAUGGGCUUAUUCGAAAAAUA